UAAUAGACAGAGCAAUUACAAUAAGGUCCUCACACCAUCAGUGCUCGGGCCCUAAAUAUGGUUUUUACAAGCGUCUGUGCCACAAAAGUCUUCUUGAACUCAACAAUCAUCAGCCACUUUGAUGACACAGUUGUUCAGAUGCCUGGAGACACACUCAAGGGUGUUUCACAUGAACAGCAGAGGGCCGAGGACAGAGCCCUGGGGGACCCCUGUGUCCGAACUGAGAGAGUAUGAGCUUUGAUUGUGGAUUUGGUUGGUGUUUAAAUGCCAUGCCAGCCUCCUUGGCUAUUUUCAUGGUGAGUAACAAGUUAAAAAACUUGUUGAAAGUAAUGAUGCCUAACAACUGUUGCCCAUUUAGUCAACAGAUCAAAGCAUAAAGGAGUGGUUUAAUACAAGUAAAAACAUGCAGUUCCAUUAUCACCAAUGCAGUAAGUCAAAGAAAAACACUUAAAAUAAAGGUUCUUCAUCGGCAUCUAUGGUUCUAAGACUAAAGUAACCUUUCCAUUGAACUUUGCAUCAUUGCAAAAACCUCUGUUUGGAAACUUUAGUUUUUAAGAGUGAAGUUUCAAAAAGCUCUGAAAUGAAUGUUCUUGUGUUAAUUCACAGUUGCCAUUCAACCCUCUCACACCUUAUGCCUGAUCACGGGCCGCUAAUGACGCACAUCCCUGUUACUGGACAACGUAGUGACCGGUCCACUGAACUAAUCAGGUCACAUCAUUAACAUUUAGAUAGUUAAGGCUCCUUGAUUGUAGCUAACAGGUAAUAAUGUGAUAAUAUCACGCAGCAAAGAGAGCAAGGAGGUAUAAAAAGAGUCUCCUCACACCGUACAAAUGAACAUUGUUGCUCAAAAGCUGAAUCUCUUCACCAGCUGUCCAUUUCAGCCUUGAUAAAAUAUGUCUGGAGGUCUGCUGUCAGUGGUUUGUCUGCUGUGUCUGCUGUCCAUUUGCUCGGCCUGUUACAUCUCUAACUGCCCCAUCGGUGGCAAACGGGCCGUACAGGAUUGGCCGUCUCGACAGUGCAUGUCAUGUGGUCCUGGAGAUCGUGGUCGGUGUUUUGGUCCCAGUAUCUGCUGUGGUGAAGGUAUGGGCUGUUUGGUGGGCUCUCCAGAAACGCUCCGAUGUCUGGAGGAAGAUUUUCUGCCUACUCCAUGUGAGGCGGCUGGAAAAGCGUGCGGUUAUGAAGGACGCUGCGCUGCUCCAGGGGUCUGUUGUGACGCAGAGGGCUGCAGUGUCGAUCAGUCAUGUGUGGAUGGAGAUAGUGACGGUACGGCCGCUGGUCAGCCCGCCACUAGUCAAGAUCUACUGCUGAAGCUCCUGCACCUGUCAAGCCACGCCCACCCCUACAGACUCCACCAAUGAAAUACUCACAGAGGAGUGACAUCAUCUCAGGAGGAGCCCGCCCAGCCACCAACCAUCAUCGACCUUUUGUAAACCAACUUUGUAUAGCCGCUAGAUAUUUGUAUGGCUAAUAAAUAGCAGCAGAUAUCAGUAGAAUUGUAUUGAUGAUAGCUUGACUGUACGCUAUUAAACUAUUAAAGAAUU